GGGGAGGGAGCGACUGCCUCGCUCCGCCGGGCGGGCGCGGCGACGGCCGGGAGGCGUUGCGGGCGAGGUGGGCGCCGUACGAGCGGAGCGGCCGGGGCAGAGCCACAGGCUGGGCGGCGGUCGGGGGUGGUGCCACGGGCAGCGCGGCGCAGGGCGGCGGCCCCGCAGCGCGGGCGGGCGGCAGGUGGGAGCGGGCCGCGGCCGGCGGUGAGCGGAGCGGGGCGGGGAAGGGAUGGGCUGCGCGCCCAGCAUCCACGUCUCGCAGAGCGGCGUGAUUUACUGCCGGGACUCGGACGAGUCCAAUUCCCCCCACCAGACCACCACCAUCUCGCAGGGUGCCUCCACCCUGCACGGCCUCUUCGUCAAGAGCGACGCGGCCGACUCCAUCCCCGCCGUCCUCGCCUACCAGAGCCGGCAGCAGCCGCCCUGCUCCGGCCCCCGCCGCAGGGAGUCCAGGGCGCCGCGCUGCUGCGGCAUCGAGGCGGAGACCCAGACCAGCAGCUCCAGCCUCAAGCAGGCUUCAGCUACAGAGGUACAAAUUGGGCCCAUGAGACUGACACAAGAUCCAGUUCAGGUUUUGCUGAUCUUUGCAAAAGAAGACAACCAAAGUGACGGUUUCUGGUGGGCCUGCGACAGAGCUGGCUACAGGUGCAACAUUGCCCGGACUCCAGAGUCAGCACUUGAAUGUUUCCUUGAUAAGCACCAGGAAAUAAUUGUUAUAGAUCACAGGAACUCCAGAUAUUUUGAUGCAGAAGAUAUCUGCAGGUCUAUUCGUGCCACAAAGCCAUCAGAACACACUGUAAUACUUGCUGUGGUUCCACGCACAUCUGCUGAUCAGGAAGAGACUUCUGUUCUUCCCCUUCUUAAUGCAGGCUUUGAUAGGCAAUUCAUGGAGAAUAGCAGCAUAACUGCUUGUUACAAUGAACUGAUUCAAAUAGAACAUGGGGAAGUGCGAUCUCAGUUCAAAUUACGGGCAUGUAACGCAGUAUUUACAGCACUAGAACAUUGUCAGGAAGCUAUAGAAAUAACCAGUGAAGAUCACAUCAUUCAGUAUGUUAAUCCGGCCUUCGAGCAGAUGAUGGGGUAUCACAAGGGAGAGCUCAUUGGCAAGGAACUUACUGAGCUACCAAAAAGUGAUAAAAACCGUGCGGAUCUGUCAGACUCCAUCAACGCAUGUAUUAAAAAGGGAAAGGAAUGGCAGGGGGUUUACUACGCAAGAAGAAAAUCAGGAGACAGUAUCCAGCAACAUGUGAAGAUAACACCAGUGAUCGGUCAAGGAGGGAAGAUCAGACACUUUGUGUCCCUCAAAAGACUGCGUUGUACAAAUGAAAACAACAAGCAGCUCUGCAAGAGUCACCGCGAUGAGAAUUAUUCAGGAGACAAUUCUCAGUCAGAAUCCCAUUCCUUCAAAUGCAAGAACAGAAGGAAAGACUCAAUUGAUGUUAAGUCGACAACUUCACAAAGCAGUGAUGCUCCAAGUGUACAGACCCGGCGGUACUCUUCUAUGGCAAGGAUCCACUCAAUGACAAUAGAAGCUCCGAUCACAAAGGUUAUUAACAUAAUUAAUGCUGCCCAGGAAAACAGCCCCAUCACUGUGGCAGAGGCCUUGGACAGAGUUCUGGAAAUCCUGCGGACAACAGAACUUUACUCCCCUCAGCUAGGUACCAAAGAUGAAGAUCCUCACACAAGUGAUCUUGUUGGAGGUCUGAUGACUGAUGGCUUGAGAAGACUGUCUGGAAAUGAGUACGCGUGUUCCAAAAAUCUGAACCUGAGCCACAGUCACCUUUCAGUGCCAAAUACUAUCAAUGAUGUUCCACCUUGUAUUGCACAGCUCCUGGAUAAUGAGGAAAGCUGGGACUUCAAUAUCUUUGAAUUGGAAGCUGUUACAAAUAAAAGGCCACUAGUUUAUUUAGGCUUAAAGGUUUUUGGCCGGUUUGGGGUCCCUGAGUUUUUGAACUGCUCAGAGGCCACACUGCGAGCAUGGCUGCAGGUGAUCGAAGCCAACUACCACUCCUCCAACGCUUACCACAACUCCACACACGCUGCGGACGUCCUGCACGCUACUGCCUUCUUUCUGGGAAAGGAGAGAGUUAAGGGAAGCCUUGACCAUUUAGAUGAGGUGGCUGCAUUAAUAGCAGCCACCAUUCACGAUGUAGAUCACCCUGGACGGACCAACUCUUUCCUGUGCAACGCGGGCAGUGAAUUAGCUGUCCUUUACAAUGAUACUGCUGUGCUAGAGAGCCAUCACACAGCACUGGCAUUUCAACUGACGGCCAAAGACAGCAAAUGCAACAUUUUCAAGAAUAUUGAUAGAAAUCGCUAUCGGACGUUGCGCCAGGCCAUUAUUGAUAUGGUUCUGGCAACAGAGAUGACGAAGCACUUUGAACACGUGAACAAAUUUGUGAACAGCAUCAACAAGCCAAUGGCAUCGGAGGAGACCGGCUCACAUAAUGAAGGCAGUGACUGUGAAUGUACAGCCAACAUGAAGAACUUUCCAGAUAACCAAACACUGAUCAAGCGUAUGAUGAUUAAAUGUGCAGACGUAGCAAAUCCGUGUCGUCCCCUAGAACUAUGCAUUGAAUGGGCAGGGAGGAUUUCGGAGGAAUAUUUUGCACAGACAGAUGAAGAGAAGAGACAGGGUCUGCCUGUUGUGAUGCCAGUAUUUGACAGAAACACCUGCAGCAUUCCCAAGUCACAGAUUUCCUUCAUUGACUAUUUUAUAACAGACAUGUUUGAUGCAUGGGAUGCAUUUGCACACCUGCCUGUUUUGAUGCAACACUUGGCCAAUAACUACAAACACUGGAAGAUGCUGGAUGAGUUAAAAUGCAAGAGUCUCAGGCUUCCAUCAGAAAACAACAACUGACACUAAAGCAAGAAAAACAGACCUCCUAAUCUACCAGUUUCACUGUGAAUCGCUUACUAACUUGGAUACAACGGGGAUAGUGUUUCCUUUCAAGUGAAACUAAGACUGUGUCUCGAGAACAAAGUAUUUUAUCCAUCAUUUUUAAGCUCUAAAUUCCACACAAAAAUAUUUUCAAAAAGGCCAUAAACAAGUGCACUUUGGAAAUACCACUUUGUGGCCAAUAAGGUACUUCCAAAACUAAUUUCUAGUACCAAAUACAAAUCUGUCGAAUCUUGUACCAAAUACAACUGUAUCCACUAACACUUUACACAGCUGUUUCUCAGACACAGGUAAUCUAAUCACCAGGAAAAUAAUAAGUUGAAAACCGUAAACACUUCUCAGUUACCUAGCAUAAAUUUGCUCCAAUUCUGCCAAUGUUCUUUAGCUCUUUCAACCACAGUUGUAAAGAGAGCAUGCACAGUAGAACAAGUAAACCUCAAGAAACUGGACACAUUAAAAACAAACCCAGCACCACUUAAAGCAAAACUUUCAUCACAGACAAUAUAAAUCUCUUCUUCCUUUUCUGUAUAAGAAGUGAAAUUCCCAUAAACUGGCUGUACAGUGGAGGAAAAUAAGCAUGUUCUGUGUAAUUGGUGCCAUCCACAUUUUUCUGCCAUCUUAGAUAUUUACAUGUGAUAUUCUGUCAAGUUUUACAUACGAACCAUUGUGGCAGUUGAUGUUGAUGGACAUCCCUUUUUUAUAACGUGAUGGUUGUACACAGUCAAUUUCAUUAAACUGAUCUAAACUUUACGACAAGGCCAUAUAUUGUGCUACUUCCUGAUCAGAUGAAACUUCAUCUUUAAAAAAGAAAAAGAUUCCACGUUAUAAUUUAUAACAGCAUUACAAUUUGUACUGCUUUUCCCUUCCUAACAAAAUGCUGCUUUGUUUGGUCAUGUAAAAAAAGCAUUCCAAAAGUUGUAAAUAAGUGAGUCAGAAAUCAAACAUAGUUUUUCAUUGGUUUUAAAAUAUGAAAUUUAUGCUAAAGCUUCUGAAGCACAAAUGCGUAUUUUUGUACAUCUCAUUUUAACCACAUGCAGACCAUGGACAUGAGUUCAGAUUUUAGACUAUUCUCAGAUUAUUCCGUUAAUAAAUACUGGCAGAACUGCUGAUUUUUAAACACUCUGCACUGCAGGCAGCAGGCAAAAGUGUCAAAUCAGUGACUUGAGUUGAAACAAAGGGUCUUGAGGCAGACUCUUUACCACACCUUUACACUGCAUCAGCAACUGAAUUGAGAAAAAAAUAAAAGGAGCUUAGAUAGCUAUGGAAGAAAAGCGACAGUGAUUGUUUACUGCAGGUAGCUUAUGUAAUGUGCCAACCUUUUUUGUAUGUUUUGUACCAAGUUUGGAAAACAAAAUGAAACAUUCAUAAAAUGUUUGUGCAGAAAAAAAAUGUAUAUAAGGUAUAUUUUUGUUAGAAUUGUAAUAGAGCCUUACUUUUGGUUGCUGUGUAUUAAAACACUGUACUGUGUAUAUUCAAAGAAUGGUGUUUCUGGUGAAAGAUAUAUAUUCAUUAUUUCCUAUUAUAUAUGCAACAUUUUUUUCAAUGGAUUUAUAUUCAGAUGAGUUGAACCUCUGCUUUUUAUACAGUAAACUGCUUUUACCAUUCCUUUAUUUAGAACUAGUGCUCUCAGUGGUUGUAUCUAAACUGUUCCAAUGACUGAAUGCUCACCGCAGCUUGCAUUAGAGAAAAGAAUUUAAACUUUCAAAGUUUUGUCCUCUUAAUUUGAUUUGUUGAAUACUGUAAGAUCAUACUGCAUAACUGUAAGAUCAUAGCCAUGUAGAACAUUCCAGUUUAGUAUUGUCAACAGCUCUGUCACACAAAGAGGAAUGUCAAUGGCAGAAGGAACGUAAGAAAUAAAGUUCAGCCUCAGUACCUGA